AUGGCCUAUUCAACUUCUUCGUCCCUGUCCCUUCUCCACUCCUAUCAAAUCAUCAUCCAUUCUCUGCAUUGCCAGAAGAUAAACCCAUCUUUCAUAUUCCCCCGCGUUGAAAAGCAUUCUUCCCUCAUUUGCUUCUCAUCCAAGAAGAAACUCAGUUUCCUGGACCAAAUUCUCGAUUACAUUGAAGGGGGUCCAAAGUUGAGAAAAUGGUACGGGGCACCUGAUAUCCUCCCAAAAGAUGGAACCCCAUUGGAAGAAGAUGAGCCUAGAGGAGAUGAUGAAGUUAGAGAUGCAGUAUUAGUGACUGACGGAGAUAAUGAAAUUGGUCAGAUGAUUAUAUUGUCCCUGAUUGUCAAACGAGUUCGAGUUAAAGCACUUGUAAAGGAUAAGAGGGCUGCUAUGGAAGCCUUUGGUACUUAUGUUGAGUCUAUAGCUGGAGAUGCCAAGAAUAAUACAAUUCUAAAGAAGGCUCUAAGAGGCGUCCGUGCAGUGAUUUGCCCAAAUGAAGGAUUUCUAUCUAAUGUUGAUAGGUGGAAAGGUUUACAACACGUGAUCCUGUUAUCUCAGUUGUCUGUCUAUAGAGAUACUAUUGGAAUUCAAGCAAUGAUGAAUAGCAAUGCAAGAAAACUAGCAGAGCAAGAUGAAAGCACGGUGAAGGCCUCUGGAAUCCCUUACACCAUCAUCAGAACAGGAUUUCUAAAGAACAACCGUGGAGGGAAGCAAGGCUUCAGCUUUAAAGAGGGUAGUGCAACAAAGGGAAGUCUUAGUAAGGAAGAUGCAGCCUUCAUAUGCGUGGAAGCUCUUGAUGCUGUCCCACAGAGUGGACUCACCUUUGAGGUGGUAAAUGGAGAUGACAAGGUUUCGGAUUGGAAAUGUUUCUUCAAGAAAUUGUUGGAGAGCUCACAGUAA